AUGUCUUGUCUGCAUGUAAAUAGCCUUCACUUCUCUUCUGUCGGACUCUUUGAUCUUGACCUUUCAUCUCGGCGGGUGGAGCAUGUGCUCGUCGGGCUUUGCGAUUCCGUCGCCAGGCCCACACCCGCCCACCGCUGCUUGUCCGCUUCUUUAGUAAUCACACCGCUUCAGGCAUUGUGUCAGGUGCAUAGUGAUCACAACGUUGGCGGGAAUGCUGCUAAUGUUGUUUCCGACGCCAAUGAUGACUAG